AAAAAGAAGAAAAUUGAGGUUACAAAUUUCAUUAUCGUGUUUUUGAGAAAUAAUUCACUUGUUUUGUAUAUUAUUUAAUAAUUCAAUCAAAUAGAAGUCAGAAUAAGAAAUAACCAAUUUCCUUUUGACGAAUACAGAUUCAACAAUUCGAAACUCAAUUCUUUAAAUUUGCAUAAAAAAUGAGGGGAAUUGAUUUAAAUAUCUAUUUUAUAAUCGCUGAUUAUAAGAGUGAAAACUUUACUUUUUUGGGUUAAAAAAACAGAAUAGUGCGAUUUAUUAUUAAAAAAAAAAGUAUCCAACUAACAAAAACGUAGGAUAUAAUAGUAAAAAUUUAGAGUGAAAUUGUUUUUUAAAUAAAUAACAAAUUAAUACUUGAAAUUUUUUUGAAGAAAUACAACUGUUUUUAUUAAGUUCAUGCUGUGGUUAUACUAUGCUGAGAAUGUUGUAUAAUAAACUGGAAUUAGAAAUCUUUCUUUUAAGCUGUUUUAUAAUGAAUCUGAAAUGUUGUGAUAUACGCGGUUUCCAUAUAUUCUACCUUAUCAACUGCCUUUUAUUUUUAUAAAAUAUGUCGUGUCUCAAAUUCUAGCCGUAUCACUAGAAUAUCGGAAACUAAAAAAACUGUUUAAUUGUGACAAAUUUGUAAUUCAAAGGAAUAAUAAUUAAACGCGAUAAAAACUCCAAUAUAUUCAAUAUUUUUAUGCAAGCAAACAGUUAGUUUGUAUCUAAAUAUUUGCAGAGUUAAGUUAUAAUGAAUUCGUAAUCUCACUCAAAAAUGGUUUUUGGUAUAUCUACCGGCUUUAAAAUUUGCGGCAUUCUUUUUCGAGCGUAAAAGUUAUUAAAUUCGUAUUUAACGGGGUCUUCGGAGGCCCUUAGGCGGAGCCUACAACUAUCUACGAUAUCAAUAAAAUUGGAGCCUCAGUUAAGGUGGCUGAGUUAAUACUGCUCUUUCUUCUUUUCUGUCUCAUAGAAAAAGAAUAUUGAGGUUACAAAUUUUUGAAUAAUGAAUAUUUUCCCUGUCUAUUUUAAUAAUUCCGUUCAAAUAUUAAAAAUAUGAGUCAAGAUUUAGAUAUAACCGAUGCUCUUUUGGCGAAAACAAAUUUAACGUUUAUGCUGGAUUUUGAAACCCAAAUAUUUUUGGAUUUGUUACAUGGAGAUGGAUUAGUACUAACUUCAAAAGGAAUUAACUUGGAUUUAGUUAUAUUAAACCUAUUGAAGGUUUAUUGUGAUGCGGGUAAUUUAGUUAUAGUAUUGAACGCUACCGAAAUUGAAGAAAAACAUUACACGGAAAAAUUGAAUGAUCCAAAUGUAUAUAAAACAACUUGUGAUGUGAAUACAAAAGACAGAGAAGAAAAGUACUUGUCAGGAGGCAUACAUUUUGUUACAACUCGAAUAUUAGUAAUGGAUAUGUUGAAAAAAAGGAUACCUAUUGAAAAAAUUACGGGAAUAAUUGUUUUAAGAGCUCAAAAAAUUUUAGAGAGUUGUCAAGAAGCAUUUGUAUUACGAUUAUAUCGUCAAAACAAUAAGGUUGGUUUCAUAAAAGGAUUUUCCAAUAAUGUGCACAGUUUUACUGUUGGUUAUGGACAUAUAGAAAGAGUAAUGAGGGCUCUUUUUGUCAAAGAAUUAUAUAUAUGGCCAAGAUUUCAUUCUACAAUUGUACAAAGCCUAAAGACUCGACAGCCUCAUGUUAUAGAAUUACACAUACCAAUUACAGAAAAAAUGAAAAAGAUGCAAACAUAUAUUUUGGAACUAAUGAAUUUGACUGUUAAAGAACUUAAACGUAUUAAUAAAAGUAUCGAACUUCAGGAAAUCACAGUUGAGAACUGUUUAACAAAAAAAUUCCACAAAAUUCUACAAGCACAAUUAGAUGUCAUUUGGCACCAAUUGAGUAAAAAAAGCUUUCAGUUAGUAGCUGAUCUUAAAACUCUUAGGCAUUUAAUUAUUACAAUGUUUCAUUCGGAUCCUGUAACAUUUUAUUCAUCUAUAAUCAGUUAUCGUACUAAAGAAUAUGCUCAAAAUGCAACAUGGGUUCUCUUAGAACCAGCAGAACUACUUUUUACUCAUGCAAAUUCUUUCAUUUUCAAUAACAAUAAAGAAUUCUAUCCUGAGUUUUGUCCGAAAUGGGAACCUCUUUUGGAAAUUUUGAAAGUUGAAAUACCUGCUGAAAUGAGGAAAACAAAUUUGAAAGAUUGUACUAUUUUAAUUUUGUGUGCAGACUACAAAAGCUGUCAUCAAUUAAAAGAAAUUCUAACCAAAGGUCCUCAUUUUUAUUUAUACCUGAAUGCUUUUAAAAAGAAACUGCAAAUUAAAAAAAUAAGUGAUUCCUUUAGAGUAACUGAUAAAAUUCCUACAGAAAUAAUUGUUACAGAAGAAAAGAAGGAAGAUUUCAAAAAUAAAAAAUUGAAAUAUACUAGCUCUGGAAGUGAUACCAAAGAAGUAGAUAAUGAUCAGAAUAAAAUCGAAGAGGAGGAAGAAAUUGAAAAUUUUAAAAAUAGUUAUAUUCUUACCAUGAGUCAAACUAUAUGUGAAGAAAAUAGUUCUACUUCUGAUGAGAGUUUUGUCUUUGAACCGUUUUCUCAGUUAGAAAACAUGGAUCUAACUCAAAUUUGUCAAACUGUAAACGAACCCAAAAUUCUUCUACAGACUUUUAAGGGAUCGAACGAAUUUAUAAACUUGCAAAACACUUUGGAAAACGUCAAACCAAGUUUCAUCAUUAUGUAUCAUUGUAGUAUGACAGCUGUAAGAGAAAUCGAGAUGUAUGAAGCUCAUAAAAAGGAAAAAGAUGUAGUGAAAGUUUAUUUUUUGUUACAUUCUGAUACAGUUGAAGAACAAAGCUACUUAACCACUCUCCGAAGAGAAAAGGAAGCAUUUGAGUAUCUCAUAGAAAGUAAAUCUAAAAUGGUAAUACCAGCUGAUCAAGAUGGUAAAUCAGAAGAUUGUUUAGCAUUACACAGAAUGAUAUCGAGUCCUGAAAAAAACACCAGACAAGGAGGAAAAGAACAAAUUGCUAAAAAACAAAUUAUAAUUAUUGAUAUGAGGGAAUUUAGAAGCGAACUUCCGUCAUUGAUACAUAAAAGGGGUAUAGAUAUUGAACCUCUCACUAUUUCAGUUGGUGAUUAUAUUUUAACACCUGAAAUUUGUAUAGAACGAAAAAGCGUUUCAGAUUUAAUAGGAUCUCUGAGAUCUGGUAGAUUGUAUCAACAAUGUACAAAUAUGUCGCGUUAUUAUUCAAAACCAAUGUUAUUAAUCGAAUUUGAUCAAAAUAAGAGAUUUGGAUGGGAAAGCAGUUACAUGAUUUCGAGUGAUUCCAAUAGUUUUGAGAUUCAACAGAAGUUGUUAUUACUGACCCUCAAUUUCCCAAAAUUAAAGAUCAUUUGGAGUCCGAGUCCUUACGCAUCUGCUCAGUUGUUUGAAGAAUUGAAGGCAGGUAAAGAGGAACCGAAUGUGGCGUACGCAACUGCCGCUGGAGGCGAACAAGAUCUCGAUGUUAUACAAUCAAAAUAUAAUUCCAAUAUUUAUGAUCUCAUACAGAAACUACCAGGAGUCACUUCGAAAAAUAUUGAUUCGUUCCUCAGAAAAGGAGUAAGCAUGGACGAGAUUGUUAAAAAGAGUGAGGAAGAACUGAAAGAAAUACUGGGAAAUUCCAUAGAUGCGCAAACUUUGUAUUCAAUAAUCCACGAGGAACAUAAACCAAAAUCGGAUGAUACAAAUGAAAAAUUUAAACCAAAAUCUCGGUUCAAGGGCAUUAAGAAGAAGUAACAGAUUAAUAGUUCUUCAAAUCCUACAGCUUUGACUGAAUUUAUAUUAUUUUUUCAUUGAAUUUAUAUUAAAUUGUCAUAAAGAAAUAUAGAUAAUUUUUAGAAAUAAUAUUUUAAUAUUAACAGUAUCAAUUUUGUGACAUUCUAAGCUUUUGGUACCAUGUUCUUGUAAACUUUUAUUUUAUGUAUUAUUGAAAUUAUUUGUCACUUAUAUGAGACAUCAGGUAAAAUUUGUCUUUCAAUUGUCAGGUUUAAGGAUAUUACAAAAAAACUCGAAUAAUGUAACUCUUACUAUUGACAACAAAAUUGUUUUAACAAAAUAUAAGAUGUGUAUAUAUAUAUUUUUCAUGCAACAAAAAAUUGUAAAUAAAGGUGAAUAUAAUACUUUUGAUCUCAAAAAA